AUGGCGAAGACCGACGCCACGCGGGGUCACGCUGGGGGCGGUCGGGAGCCCUUGGUCGACUCGGCUUUAAACCCCUGCUCGAGACUUCGCCAGAGACUGCCGCCGCCACCCGACGCGUCGCCGCCUCGCUCCGCCUUCCUCUCCGAGUUUGUCGCGAAAACCGCGGCGUCGGUUCUACCCACCGAACCCGCCGCGAACGCCAGAGGAGCGACAGCGUCCAAACCCCCGAGGCGCAAGGUUAAGUUCUCUCGGCACGUUCACGAGCGCGAGUUUUUGGUGAGCGUGUACGAUCGAAACGAAGGCAGGACCCCGGAGCGCAACACGUGCGAAGCGAUUGCGAGGGCUUUCACCGCCUCACCUGUCCGCAACCCCCAAGGACGCCUCACCAGGCCGAGGCGACACACCACGGGCAGCAUGCAUAUCAACAAGCCGAUGACGCCGCAGCGCAACAACGGGCACGGCGCAAACUCGACCACGACGGCGCCAGGGGGGAGCGAAAUGUCGCCCCUCAACUCGUUACUCCGUAUGAAGGCGCAGCAUGAUGCGGCCGUGCGGGGCGGACGUGAUAUCGCGGAGACCCAGCAGAGGCGACAUCCGCGCCAUCACCUCCCAGGCGUCUCGUUAGACGACUUUGCCAUGCUCGACAGCGAGAGCCCCAUGUUCCCGUCGUGCAUGCUCGACGAGGGCGCGAACGCAGUCUCCGAGGUAAAGUCCGCAUCCGACGACGAAUGGGAGAUCGCCAAAGCACCCGAGGACGAUUGCUCAGAGAUGGUCGCCGAUGCCGCGACUGAAAGGCCGUCGCAGCCCGCGUCGACGCUUCUGGCUUUCCCGCAGCAACUCGCCGACCUGUUCUCGACGGAGUAUCGAACGGCGAACGACCCGACCGCGGCGAUGGUUCAUAACUUGCCGGAGUUCCGGUGCUGGUCCGGGAACCUCGCGGAUGUGGGGCUCCUCCCGGCCAAAGCUAACAACCAAGAGGAGGAGCCGGCAGCUGGCUCGGAUCACGCGGAGCCUGUCCACUCUGACGAUGACUCGGGUUUAAUCAUCUCCGCCGAGGACGACGAUCUAGACGUCGAGCUCUACGCCAAUCUCACCCGCGGCAGUCGCACGGGGCGUUGGAUCCCGCUCGAUAACUCCGGAGGUCUUGGCCAGGGCAUCGGGGAGAUUGCCCAUGUAAAGGCAGAUUCUAAGGACGACGUUGACAUGAUCGCUUCUGCCACUGCUGAGCUCGGUGAUGGUGAGAAGCAUCCAGUCCAGUGGAAGCAGAUCAAAACAUGGUUUGAGAACAGACGCAUGACGCAAAAAAGGAUUAGCGAGGGGAGGGAUCGGCCUCCAAGGCGCCCAAAGGCUAAGAGACGCGACUGA